AUGCCAACAUCAAACUCUGUUUCGCCUAAAGACUGUCACUCAUCGAACAAUGCUCAACAAAUCCCACAGGUCACUCAUAGUUCUCUCCUUCUCUACACGGACGCUGCCUGGAACAGCUCCAACUGUGAUAGUGGUUUGGGAUGGGUAGCUACGGACCACCAGAGUGCUCGCCUCUUCCAAAGGAGCUCUUCUCGCCAGUAUGUUGCGUCAGUUCUAGUGGCUGAAGCAUUGGCAAUGAAAUCUGGCCUCACUAUGGCUGCCUCCAAAAGGUACAAGGAUGUGGUUUGUCUUUCUGACUCACGAUGUCUAAUUGGCCUCCUCACAGACAAAGCAUCUGUGUUUGUUCUCAAAGGACUAAUCCACGACAUCUGCGUGUUGAGUAGCUUCUUUACAUCUAUUUCUUUUAAUUUUAUCGCUCGUGCUUGUAAUACGGUUGCUGACAGGUAUGCAAAGGACGCUCUGUUUGUAUUUGCUAAUUCACCUGCGGGUUGA